UGGGCACAGGUGGGUGGCACUGGUGGGCACAGGUGGGUGGGCACAGGUGGGUGGCACUGCUGGGCACAGGUAGGUGGCACUUCUGGGCACAGGUGGGUGCACUGCUGGGCACAGGUGGGCGGAGCUAGUGGGCGCACUGCAGGGCACAGGUGGGCGGAACUUGCGGGUGGCACUGCUGGGCACCGAUCAUCAGGGCACUGAUCAUCAGUGCCCUGAUGAUCGGUGCCGAUCCCCGCUCUGACAACUGCCGGUUCUUGGCAGUACUUUCCUCACGAUCUGACAGCGUGAGGAAAGUGCAGCCGAGAACCGGCACUUGCAU